AUGGCUUUAGACCUGCAGGGAAAAACAGCACUCGUUACAGGGGGAGGAUCGGGCAUCUGCCUGGAACUCGUGAAGAAACUGCUCGGAGGGGGCAGCAAUGUUGUUGUCGUCGACCUAGCAUUGCGGCCAGAAGCUGAGGAUGUGAUCAAACAGUCCAGCUCUAGUCCAGUGCAGGCCAAGUUCAUCAAAACCGAUGUUACGAAAUGGGAUCAAUUGCAGAACAGUUUUGACUUCGCCAUAAAGGAGUUUGGCAGACUUGAUAUUGUCGUCCCGGGAGCUGGUGUAUUUGAGCCUCCCUGGUCUAACUUUUGGCAUUUCAACACCGGAAAGGACACAAUUGCUUCGUCCUCGUAUCAGACACUGGAGAUCAACGUCACACAUCCCAUACGAGCCACUCAACUCGCCAUUGACUAUUUCCUCCGCCAAAAGCUUGGCCAUGGAGUGGUGGUCAUAGUGUCGUCGAUAGCGGCACAGCUUGCACUAAUGCCGACCCCAAUGUACGCGGCAAGCAAACAUGCCAUGUCUGGUUUCACUCGGUCCCUGGCUGACUUGGAGCCACAAUUGAACAUCCGAGUCAAUGCUGUGGCCCCUGGCUGUGUCAAGACCCCCCUAUGGACGUUAGAUAAGCUGGCUUGGAUAGACGAGGAGACCGACGCGUGGGUGCCUGCUGAAAGAGUCGCGCAGACAAUGGUCGAUCUUAUCACGAAGGAAGAGAAUGUUGGAGGCACCGUGCUCGAAGUCGGUGUGGAUCUUGUACGAUCAGUACAGGGCUUGAAUGACCCAGGUCCAUCAGGCAGAGGUCACACGGUUGGGAAGCUGGCUGCUGUUAGCAAUGACGUGUAUAGUCUGAUCACUCAAAAUUUCGGUAAAUAG